AUGGCGGACGCCUUUGUACCCAACAACGACAAGUUUCUGGUGAUUGCCGUUUUGGGGCGCGAGCAUUCGGGCAAGUCCACCCUGCUCAAUGCUUUUGAUCAAGACGCGCAGCUUAGCACUACCGAUGGCAAAGCCACUCCAUCCUUUCCUAUUGCUUCCGAGGAUCAAGUGCUAAGUGGGCAACGCUGCACGCGUGGCAUCAACUUUCGCAUCACGUCGAAUCGGCAUAUUCUCUUGGAUCUUCAGCCCCUCCUCAGCUUAAGCGAGUUGGAUGAGCUCAUGGAUAUCCCAUCUGACAAAAUCCCCUUUGGCUUGGAAACGGCUGAGCAACUUCUUCGCCAUCGUGCCUGCCAGUUGAUUCUGUUUGCCAUGUCCGUGGCACACGUGGUCUUGGUGACGCAACGUUGGACGCCAGACACUGAGCUUUGGAGUUUGCUCCGCAUGUGUGAUCACAUGGCCGCACCCCGACCAGACCGCUACCUGCCCGCCAAGGAACCGGCCUGGCAGCGCAUUGCGGCCAAGCUCAUGGUCAUGGCACCCACCUAUGCAAAGCUGGUGAUGGUCUACAACCGGGCACCGCGUGAAUUUUUUGUUCCUGGUGUCACCGAGCGUCUCAUUGACAUGGCCGAACUUUUCUUCCAUCACAGCUACUCGACGCUUCUUGAUUGCGGGUGUACGCUCUGCCCCGUCGGGCCAUUUGUCGUGGGCGGCAAUCUGAAGCCACGGAAGCAGAGUGGUAUUCCCAUGCUGCAUCGACAGUCCGGUAUCAAGGAUUUUGUGUCUGGUCGCACCGGACGUGACAUGCUCUUUGUACCAAAAAUGUCAGCAGCACGACGUUUGGAUCCUUGA